AUGAUCUCGAGUCGUGUGUUUGCCUCCGCCUUGCGCGCCCAGGCUCCUGCCCUGCAGGCUGUCAAGGCUCGUCCUGCCGCCCGCAUCUUCCAGCAGACCCGCGGCCUCAAGAACACCCCUAAGCUGAGAGCGCCCGUCCCCAAGGAGGAGCACAGCGCACACACCAUCUCCCAGCGUCUUCGUACUCUCAAGAAGAUUCCCCCAGAGUUGAUUCCCAUUGGUGUCGUCCUUGCCGUCGCCAUCAGCUUUGCCGCCUACUCCCUUAUCCGCAAGCUCUUCACCGACGGUACCCUCCGCCUGUACAGAUCCAGAGGCCACAACCAGGCUUCGUCUCCCUCGGACACCAAGCCCUCCCACUAGAUUGACGAGAAGCAAUGCAUACUUGUAAAACAUCAUAUCACGAAGUGUGCCAGUGCGCCGGUUCUUGUAUCAGAGUCUCGUUGUAGCAUACGUCAAAAAUGUCUCAUGGUCAGACUGUAUUCUUUUUUGCAUCUUGGAGCAUUGAUAUAUGCCAUGCGCUAUACCCUGUUCUCUGCACUCCGCGGCAUCUCAAUAGCCCGUUUCUUGACUGUGUUUUGAUCGUGGCCUUAUCUUUGUUGUUCCAUGCGAAAGAUAAUCUGGCAUGACAAAUGUAAAGACCUGC